AUGUGUCAAUGUGAACAGAGUCGUCUCGAGCAGGAAUUAGAUUUUAUUGAGGGUCAACAACGUGAAUUGGAAAGUUUACUAGAACCACUAGAACGUGCAGUGAAUGAAUUACCACCCGGUCAGUUACAUUCGGAUUAUGAACGUGAAGCUAUAUUUCAAUUGGCUACAAAUGUCGACUUAGAAUUAGGUCAACUAUUGACUGAUUUACGUGAAAUAGCCGAUCAAACAAACACCACUACAACGAAUGUUACUACUGGUUUCAAUUCAUCGGAUAGUAGUACAACUUCUACGAAUACCACUAAGGAGAAUACUAUGAUUAAUGGUAAUAAUAAACUAACUUCGUCAAAUAACGGGGAUAUUAUGAAUCAAAUUACGCGUAUUCUGAAUUGUCAUAUGCACUCACUCAAUUGGAUUCAUCAUAACACACGAUUUUCAUUUGGAAAGCCACCAACCACUAGUGCUUUUGCAUUCGGGUCGUCUCCUUUCGGAGCAUCUGCUGGAACAAAACCAACAUUUGGAGUUAGCACAACUACAACAUCAUUAUUUUCUCCGGUUGUUUCAUCGAAUUCAAAUACUGCUGUAUGUAGCACUUCACUCCUUCAGAACACUUCUUCUCUGUCCUUGACAUCUACUGGAUUCGGUACAGUCGCAACCACUUCAAAUGCUUUUGGUUUGUCAUCAUUCGCUAGCUUAGCAAAGCCAUCUACAACGGUAUCUACUUUCGGUAUUUCCACCAUCAAUGGUUUGGGAACAAACUCAAAUGUCACAUCAGCCUCACAAUCUGCUCUCAGUCAGCCAUCAACUAAUCCUUUACCUAACCUCUUAAAACCGGCUACUACGACUAGUAAUGUUGGAAGUCCAUUCACUUUCGGACUUACUACCGCUGUUACCACUCAAAGUGCAGUAACUCCUUGUCCAAUCAGUUUUGGCACUUUUUCUUCGACGACUGUGUCUACUGGGGCUUCCACGGCCUCUAUUGUAAAUGUCAAUGCAAGUCAGCCGGCCAUACCUAGUAGUAUUGGUUUUGGUGUAUCUUCCGCUUCACUAUCAUCUUCAGCGUUAACAUCAACAGCAGCAACAAUAGCAGUGGCACCUUACAACUUUGGGAACCCUAGUCUCUCCACAUUGGCUAAAUCAACAGCGGCUUCUGGGUUCGGAACGUCAUCAUUGGGGAUUGCAACUCGAACACUGGGUGAAACAGCGACGACUGCAGCAGCAAUAACUACAUCAUUAUGCGCUACCAUCGCAACAGCAACUACUUCUAUUCCAUCUGCCACUACCACAUCUAGUGUAUCCGUCACAUCCUCUCAAACUCUUACUUAUAACCAGUUAGAAGAAUUGGUCAAUAAAUGGACUCUUGAGCUUGAGGAACAAGAAAGAUAUUUCUUCGAUGAAGCAGAUCGUAUUAAUCAAUGGGAUCAAACUUUGAUUUGUAAUGCAGAAAAUAUAACAGCUAUGUACAAAAAGGUAGAAAUGUGUCAAUGUGAACAGAGUCGUCUCGAGCAGGAAUUAGAUUUUAUUGAGGGUCAACAACGUGAAUUGGAAAGUUUACUAGAACCACUAGAACGUGCAGUGAAUGAAUUACCACCCGGUCAGUUACAUUCGGAUUAUGAACGUGAAGCUAUAUUUCAAUUGGCUACAAAUGUCGACUUAGAAUUAGGUCAACUAUUGACUGAUUUACGUGAAAUAGCCGAUCAAACAAACACCACUACAACGAAUGUUACUACUGGUUUCAAUUCAUCGGAUAGUAGUACAACUUCUACGAAUACCACUAAGGAGAAUACUAUGAUUAAUGGUAAUAAUAAACUAACUUCGUCAAAUAACGGGGAUAUUAUGAAUCAAAUUACGCGUAUUCUGAAUUGUCAUAUGCACUCACUCAAUUGGAUUCAUCAUAACACACUGUUAAGACAUGAAAACUCUGUUAAUAAGAGUAUUACUGGGGAGUGCUGGUAUUGUGAAUCUCUUAAUCGUAGUACAUUUUCAACUGGUUCAUGUGAGUUAAUACUGGUGAUGUCUUCUGAAGAUGAUGGUAGUUACAAGACAUUAGGAUUACCUACUCAACCAUACUGUCGUAUUCAUUGUCAUCAGUCAGCUGUACGUGCAGCACGUUUUAAUGCAGAUGGGAAUUAUUGUAUGACAGCUGGUGGGGACAAAACGAUAAAACUAUGGAAUCCUUAUAAUUUUCGUUUAUUAAAGACUUAUGCAGGGCAUGGUGGGGAAGUUUCUGAUGUCCAGGCAGGGAAAGAUAAUAGCCAACUUGGUUCAGGUGGAGCAGACUGUUUAGUUAUAUUAUGGGAUGUUUCUACAGGACAAUCAGUUCGUCGAUGGCGUCGUCAUGCUGGUCGUGUAAAUUCUGUUUUAUUCAUUGCACCGUUUCACAAUUCCGAUUCAUUAGACCCUAGUCCAAUUUUAUUGUCUACUGGUGUAGAUGGGAUGGUUCUAGUUUGGGAUGCCAGAGCACGUACUCCUUAUCCAGUUCAGACUAUCCAUGAGGCACGUGAUAGUGUUACAUGUUGUGCAUUUCGUCGACAUCAAAUUGUUACUGGUUCUGUUGAUCGAUGUGUUCGGAUUUAUGAUAUUCGACGAGGUGAAAUGACUGAAGACUAUGUUGGAUACCCAGUUACAUCGGUUUCAAUUACCAUAGAUUGUCAAUGCUUUUUAGUUGGUACACAAGAUUCAACUUUACGUUUAUUCGACGCGUUAACCGGUGAACUUCUUAACAGAUACACAGGACAUACUAAUCAAACAUACAAAAUGGAUAGUGCUCUGAUGAAUUUAGAUCGUCAUAUAAUCAGUGGUUCAGAAAAAGAUGGUCUUGUUUUUGUAUGGGAUUUCAUACGUUCGGAUGCACCGAUUCAUACACUAGAUCAUCAACCUGGUAGCAAUGCAUGGGGUGUUUUAUCUCCACACAACCCAGAAUCAGUUAGUGAAUUGAUCAUUGAAACGGCUAAAUCAGUAAAUUUUAUGAUUCAUUCAGUGUCACCACAUCCUAAACAAAGUAAACUACUUACAGCAGGUGGUGAUUUUGUUUGGUUGUGGGACGCUGAACCUAAAGAUAUUAAAGAAAGUGAAUAA